UUUAAUAACCCUCUCUCUUCUUCCCUUGUCGAAAAGAUUCCAAUGAGGGUCCCCACUACCAGUGCGAUUUGCAUUACAGAGUAACAGUUUCCGCGCCAAACGAAAAAGGAAGAAGAAGAAGAACUGGUUAAGCAACCACCAACUACUUCUACUUUUUCCUCUUUCACACUCUCUUCCUCGCAUUGCUCAUCGCACACGAUACGACAUUCACACUCCGUCGUUUUCGCAGUCGCGCCCGGCGGCGAUGGCGGUGGACGAUCGCUUCACCGAUUCAAACCCUAAGACCACGUGCGUGGUUCUAGGCGGCAAUGGAUUCGUCGGAAGAUCGCUCGUCUUGAAGCUCUUGAAACUCGGUAACUGGAUCGUCCGAGUCGCCGAUUCCGCUUACUCUCUUCAACUCCACCAUUCCGAGUCGCUACUCGCCGAAGCUCUUUCAUCUUCUCGCGCCUCUUACUUCCACCUCGACCUUCGCGAUAAACGCCAAAUCGUCAAAGUUCUUGAAGGUUCUUCUGUUGUCUUUUACAUGGAUGUUGCUGGCUACAAUGCGAAUGAUUUCUACAGUUGCUACAAGCUUGUAGUUCAAGGUGCAAAGAAUGUCAUUAGUGCUUGCCGCGAAUGUAGAGUGAAACGCCUCGUAUACAACAGUUCCGCGGAUGUUGUGUUCGAUGGCUUGCGCGAUAUACGUAAUGGAGAUGAAUCAUUGCCAUAUCCAUGGAAAAUUGACAACAUGUUAAGUGACCUUAAGGCUCAAGCAGAAGCAUUGAUCUUGAGAUCGAACGAUAUUGAUGGCCUGUUGACAUGCUCACUUCGUCCUAGUAAUGUUUUUGGACCUGGUGACACAGAACUUGUGCCAUAUUUUCUGAAUUUAGCAAGAUAUGGUUUCGCAAAGUUUAUUAUAGGAACUGGUGAUAAUCUUUCAGACUUCACAUUUUCUGAGAAUGUUGCUCAUGCUCAUAUCUGUGCAGAAGAAGCCUUAAAUUUCCAAACUGUUUCUGUGGCUGGAAAGGCAUUCUUUAUCACCAAUCUUGAGCCUAUGAAGUUCUCAGAAUUUCUUUCACUUUUGUUGGAAGGUCUUGGAUACAAAAGGCCAUUCAUCAAACUUCCAGCCAAUUUAGUGCGAUACAUUCUCUCAGUUCUGAAGUCGAGAUACUUCAGUUGUCCUUUAUUAAUUCAUUUUUUUCAGUCAGCUUUACACACCCGUACUUUUAAUUGCUCGGCAGCUCAGAAAAAUAUUGGAUACUCACCGAUAGUCUCCCUUGAGGAAGGGAUCACAUUAACCAUGGAAUCAUUCUCUCAUUUAGCCAGAGAUUCAUCUUAUUCAAGAUGUUGCAGUUCCACUGAACAGUCAAAAGCAGAAAAGCUACUUGGUGGUGGAAAAGUGGCUGACAUUUUGUUGUGGAGAGACGAGAAGACAUCCUUCAUUCAUUUCCUUGCACUGGUGUUGUUGUUUUAUUGGUUUUUCCUUUCCGGAAGUACUUUUAUAUCAUCUGCCGCGACUCUUUUGCUGCUUGUUACCUUACUUCUCUACGGACAUGGCUUUCUACCAUCAAAGUUAUUUGGUUUCCCGAUACAGAGGAUGUCCAUGUCUAAUUUUGAGAUCUCUGAUACGGUAGUGAAAGAUAUAGUUGAAACUACUGUACAUCUAUGGAACAAGGGUUUUCAAAACAUAAAAGAACUGGCCCAAGGUGACGGUUGGUCUACAUUCUUGAAGGUUGCAGUUAUUCUUUACCUUCUGAAGAUGAUUGUGUCAGAGUUAUUGACAACAUUGAUAGGCAUAGGUCUGGUCUCCGCAUUCAUGGCAUUUUUUGUUUAUGAGCAAUAUGAACCAGAAAUUGAUGGAUUAGUAGAUAUCUUGUUAACUGGUUUGAAGGAGUUCACAAUAUACUUGAUGAGAAUUUUACCUGUUUCGGUAUCGCGGCUUCUGCAUUAUCAUGACAACUCUCAACGUUACAAAGGACCAGGAUAUGCAAAAGAGCUGAGAUAGCAAGUAAAAGUUUCAGCUCUGCAAGCAACAUUAGGCUAUGUACUACUCACUGACUCAGUUGUGUCCCUAUGAAAAAGGGGGAGAUAUAGUCACAUUUGAAAGUGCCCUCUCUUAACUAGUAAGUUAGGCUGAAGUUGUCGUUAUUGGACAUUAUUGUGGUACUCUGUUUUAACGGGUGAAUAUUAAGAAAUAGAUUGACAUCAAUAAUUGUGCAAAAGGAAAAUGCAGUUCAUGUUAAA